AUGGCAUACAAAGAUGAAUUCCGAAGCACUAUGGCCGUGAGAUUCCGACAGAAUCGUUUGAAUCGACAACUAGAUGUUGCCCGUCGAAUAUGUCAAGAUCUGGAUCUGAAGGAACUUAUCGAAACUCCAGUUCACGAAUCAUUCUGGCCUCCUGUUAAUCCUGUUCCAACUGAAGCCGUGGAUAAUUCCAAAUCUGUACAUACUGUACUGUCUCAGGAAGAUUGUAUGAACGAAGACUUUCCGGAUAAUGACUUAGCCAAGCUAGAUGCAAAUCAUGCGAAUUGUGACCACACUUCUAUCCAAAGGAACUUUAUACAGCUUUUAGACUAUUUACGAAGUCGGCAUAAUUAUUGUUUUUGGUGUAGCCUUCAGUAUCAAAGUCAAUCUGAACUUUUGGAACAGUGUCCGGGGGAGGAUGAAGAUCUACACGAUUGA